CCACCCUUGUUCAAUUUCCAUUCAACAAUCGUUUAUUCAUCUGCUGCAAGCUAUACGCGGCCCACUCUAUAUGGGAACAAUAUACCGCAAGUUACAAAGAGCAUGAGAAAAGUGAUAUCUCGACGUUGCUCGUGAAAGAUAUGAGCAUCGAUUAAACUUCACUUAUCUCGAUGCGUAUCCGCUAAAUUAAUCAUGAUAAAUAGGGUCAGCCGAAGCGCAUGUACAUAAUACGCUUACACUACUUGGGUUAUCGGUAAGCGAAUCUUCUAUAUACAUUUAUAUACAUAUAUAUACUUGACAUGGCUGUAUAUGUGAAUCAUGAAAUUAGAUCAUGAAAUAUUUGCGGGGGCUGCAAAAAUCUGUCAUAAACAUGUUCUCUUUGUGCGAAACUGAUGUUGCCGAUACACUUGAAGCGCCGUGGAGAUAGAGCAGCGACUUUCACGUGAUAUAACGUAAGAAAAAACACAGGAACAUCACUGCAACGUGUCACGAGCUGAAACGACAAAACGAACUUGAUAAGGAUGUCUGAAAACGUAACAACUACGGUCGGUGCGAAGGAAAACGCUGGUAUAUCCUCCUAUGCCUACAAGGUUAUAUCAUCGCUCUUCAUGUGGACUCUUAUUAUCGUCAUCGUUAUAGGGAAUUCGCUCGCAAUCGCCGCUUACUGCAAGGCAACCCGACUUCGUGUUGUUACCAGAUGUUUCAUCAUAAAUUUAGCAGUGACUGAUCUCCUUGUUGGCGCGAUCAUAAUGCCGUUCUGGUUUCAUCGCAUGUUACAAGACCGCCAAGUUGUGGCGAGCGUGUUGUACAAGGCAUGGAUCACGCUCGAUAUAUCGUGUGCGACCGCGAGUAUUACAAGUCUCGCGGUGGUCUCUAUUGACAGAUACAUAGUUAUCAGCAAACCGCUGUCAUACGAGAGAUUCCUACCGAAAUCGAGGGCCAUGCUUGUGAUAGGAGUGGUGUGGUGUUAUUCGUUCGUCGUUGCUAUUUUGCGGGAAAUCGACUGGAGGUUUUACUCCUUGCUCGUUACGGGAUUUUCAUUUCUCCUGCCGCUCGGAACAAUUCUAUUUGCAUACGCAAACAUAUUCAAGGCGGCAAAGGCCCAAGUGCAGCGCAUCCGGCGCAGCUGCUUGCCUAAUUCGAGGGAAUCGAACAGGAAUAAGAGACAUUUUGACAAAGAACUCAAAGCAACCAAGACGAUUUCGCUGGUAAUCGGCGCGUUCCUCGCCUGUUGGCUGCCAUUUUUCGUUCUUUCCAUACUCAGUCAGUACUGUACAAAAUGUACGAUAUCGUUUGAAGUGGUCAUCAUCGUGAAGUGGCUCCAUUACGCGAACUCCGCGCUAAAUCCCAUUAUAUACUCAAUGCACAAUCGUGAUUUUCGGGCAACCUUGCAGUCGAUAUUGUUCAACAAAAACAGUCAUGUGCUUGAGUCAGCAGAGAAUACCCAUAGCAUUCAUCACGUGAUAACAAGAGCUGUGCAAACUCGGCUGCUCAGCCGAAACGGGACGAAAACCUCUCGCGUUUGACUUUCGCCCUGCUCGGACAUGCAUCUAUAGCCUAGAGACAGAUAAUACGUCUGGCCAGUCUGGGCAAAAUGAGAUGUAGAUAUUGAAUUGGCUUUAUUUCAUUUGGACUUUCAUUAAUUUUUAUUAGUACAAAUGUUCGAUUUAUUCGUUCAUGUAUUACUUGAGACCAGAACAAGUACGUGCGCGCGGAGUAGUUGAUAAAAAUAAUUGAUUACGGUAAUGAAAUUUUUUUAAGAAGAACAACAGACAAGCCUUUUGCCAUGCAGACUGAAACAGGUGACAAAAAAUUUUGUCCCACGAUAGUUUGGCGCACAUGAUGCACAAGGCAACUUUACUUUCAGUCGAUGUACAGGUGCCAAAAAGUCACGCAAGAUCAGUUGAAUUGAAUUACGAAUUGCACAGUCAUGUGUACAGAAAUA